CCGGACUUUUUCCAUUCAGUCAACGUUCGAGGAUUACACGCCACAAACACGGCCAGCACAGUCAUGUCAGCGAAACAAACGAGCAGUUGCCUCUGGUUGGGAUUGGUCCUGGUCGCGAUGCUUCUGCAGCCUUCCAAGUGCCAGUACUACGGAUAUCCCUACGGGUACGGAGGUGCCAGUGCAGCAGCGGGAUCGGGCUAUGGAAACAUCUACGGCAGCGGCAUGUACGGAUACCCCUACAGCUACGGCGGAUAUCCGUACUACUCGUACCCCGGCUACAACCCCUACUCCAUGUUCGGCGGAGGAGGUGGCUAUGGACAGUACGGGUACCCCUAUGGAGGAUAUCCCUACGGCGGCAGCGGCACGAACGUGGCCUACGCCAGCAGCAGUGGAGGAUUCGCCACAGCCAGUGCGGGCGGAAGCGGGUACUACGGCUGAGAGAUCAGUGAUAUUCGCGUCCUAAGCUAGUUUUACUGUACAUACUGGUUAAGUCUUCCUACUAUUUAGUGUGUUAAUC